AUGGUUUAUCAGCCCAGCUCUAGAUCUCUGGUGCAGAACUCUCGAAAGGCCGGCAUCACGUCUGCUAUGGCCUCCAGUACACUCAACAAUGAGGAGCUGAAGAGUCAUGUGUACAAGAAGACGCUGCAGGCCCUGAUUUACCCAAUCUCUUGCACCACACCACACAACUUCGAGGUGUGGACCGCCACGACGCCCACCUACUGCUACGAGUGUGAGGGUCUGCUGUGGGGCAUCGCGCGCCAGGGCAUGCGCUGCUCUGAGUGUGGCGUCAAGUGCCACGAGAAAUGCCAAGACCUGCUGAACGCAGACUGCCUGCAGAGAGCGGCUGAGAAGAGCUCAAAACAUGGAGCUGAGGACCGAACACAGAAUAUCAUCAUGGUUCUGAAGGACCGCAUGAAGAUCCGCGAGCGCAACAAACCCGAGAUAUUCGAGCUGAUCCAGGAGGUGUUUGAUGAACCCAAAGCCAGCCACGGCACACAGAUGAAGCAGAUCAAGCAGAGCGUCCUGGAUGGCACAUCUAAGUGGUCCGCUAAAAUCAGCAUCACAGUGGUCUGUGCUCAGGGUCUACAGGCCAAGGAUAAGACGGGCUCCAGUGAUCCGUACGUCACUGUACAGGUGGGAAAAACCAAGAAGAGGACCAAGACCAUCUACGGAAACCUCAACCCCAUCUGGGACGAGAGCUUUCACUUCGAGUGUCAUAACUCUUCGGACCGGAUAAAAGUUCGCGUCUGGGAUGAAGACGACGACAUCAAAUCUCGUGUGAAGCAGCGGUUCAAGCGCGAGUCUGAUGAUUUUCUGGGUCAGACUAUUAUUGAAGUGAGAACACUGAGUGGAGAAAUGGACGUUUGGUACAACCUUGACAAGCGCACAGAUAAGUCAGCUGUAUCAGGAGCCAUCCGUAUGCACAUCAGUGUGGAGAUCAAAGGAGAAGAAACUGUGGCUCCAUAUCACGUCCAGUACACCUGUCUGCAUGAGCACAUCUUCCACUACACCACAGAGAAGCAGAACAGCGGUGUGGUGAAAAUCCCUGAUGCUAAAGGAGAUGAUGCCUGGAAGGUUUAUUUCGAGGAGACGGCGCAGGAGAUCGUGGACGAGUUUGCCAUGAGAUACGGAGUCGAGUCCAUCUAUCAGGCCAUGACGCAUUUUGCGUGUCUGUCCUCGAAGUACAUGUGUCCUGGUGUUCCAGCGGUUAUGAGCACACUGUUGGCCAACAUUAAUGCUUAUUACGCUCACACAACACAGUCCUCCAACAACGUCUCUGCCUCAGACCGCUUCGCUGCUUCCAACUUUGGGAAAGAGCGGUUUGUGAAACUGUUGGACCAACUGCACAACUCUCUGAGGAUUGACCUCUCUAUGUACAGGAAUAAUUUUCCGGCCAGCAGUCCUGAGCGGCUCCAGGAUCUGAAAUCCACCGUGGAUCUUCUGACCAGCAUCACUUUCUUCAGGAUGAAGGUUCAGGAGCUGCAGAGUCCUCCGAGAGCGAGUCAGGUUGUGAAAGACUGUGUUAAAGCCUGUCUGAACUCCACAUAUGAGUACAUCUUUAAUAACUGCCACGAGCUCUAUAGCCGAGAGUAUCAGAAUGACCCUGUGAGUACAUCUUUGUGUUCGAAGACGGUUCCUCCUGAAGAACAGGGUCCGAGCAUCAAGAACCUGGACUUCUGGUCCAAACUCAUCACCCUCAUCGUCUCCAUCAUAGAAGAGGACAAGAACUCCUACACACCCUGUCUGAACCAGUUUCCUCAGGAGUUGAAUGUGGGGAAGAUCAGUGCAGAGGUGAUGUGGAACAUGUUUGCUCAGGAUAUGAGAUACGCCAUGGAAGAGCACGAGAAGAACAGACUGUGCAAGAGCGCCGAUUACAUGAACCUGCACUUCAAGGUGAAGUGGCUCUACAAUGAGUACUGCAAGGAGCUGACCUUCUUCAAGGAGCGCGUGCCCGAAUAUCCGGCAUGGUUCGAGCCCUUCGUGAUCCUGUGGCUGGAUGAGAAUGAAGAAGUUUCCAGAGAUUUUCUACAUGGAGCACUGGUCAGGGACGCAAAGGACGGGUUCCAGGUAACGUCGGAGCAUGCGCUCUUCUCCUGCUCGGUGGUGGACGUCUUUUCUCAGCUCAACCAGAGCUUCGAGAUCAUCAGGAAGCUGGAGUGUCCAGACCCACAGAUUGUUGGCAAUUACAUGAAGAGGUUUGCUAAGACCAUCGGAAAUGUUCUUCUGUCUUACGCCGACAUCAUUACCAAGGAUUUUCCCACUCACUGCAAGAAGGAGAAAGUGCCCUGCAUCAUCAUCAAUAAUAUCCAGCAGCUGCGAGUUCAGCUGGAGAAGAUGUUUGAGGCCAUGGGAGGGAAAGACUUAAACGCGGAGGCCAGUGACUUCAUGAAGGAUCUGCAGGUCAAACUGAACAAUGUGAUGGACGAUCUCAGCAGGGUCUUUGCCGUCAGUUUCCAGCCACACAUCGAGGAGAGCGUCCGGCAGAUGGGAGAUAUUCUGAGUCAAGUUAAAGGAGCAAACGUUCCUGCUAAUGGAAACGGCAGCUUGGCUCAGGACGCAGACAACGUUUUGCAGCCCAUCAUGGACUUCCUGGACAGCAAUUUGACUCUGUUCGCUAAGAUCUGUGAGAAGACGGUUCUGAAGCGUGUGCUGAAGGAGCUCUGGAAGCUGGUGAUGAACACCAUGGAGAAAACCAUCGUGCUGCCGCCGUUCACUGACCAGACGGGCACACAGCUCAUCUUUAAUGCUGCUAAAGAGUUGGGUCAACUCUCCAAACUGAAGGAGCACAUGGUGCGAGAGGAGGCCAAGGCACUGAGCCCUAAACAGUGUGCAGUCAUCGAGCUCGCACUGGACACUAUUAAGCAAUACUUCCACGCAGGCGGUGUGGGUCUGAAGAAGACGUUUCUGGAGAAGAGUCCGGAUCUUCAGUCUCUGAGAUACGCUCUGUCUCUCUACACACAGGCCACAGACAAACUCAUCCGCAAGUUCGUCCUGUCGCAGCACACACAAGUUCAUGGAGGUAAAGGUGUGCGAUACACUAACAGUGAAGAUGUUUAUCCAGAUAAGGCAUCAGGUGUGGAGGAUGCAGUUGGUGAAGUGUGUAUGACGGUGGAGAUCUUCAAUGACCCGAACACUGGAGGACACAGAAUCACAGUUAAAGUGGUCUCAGCCAAUGACCUGCGCUGGCAGACACAGGGAAUCUUCCGGCCCUUCGUAGAGGUGUUCAUCAUCGGGCCACAUCUCAGCGACAAGAAGAGGAAAUUCGCCACCAAAUCCAAGAACAACAGCUGGUCUCCGAAGUUUGCUGAAUCCUUCCAGUAUGUUCUUGGUAGUGAGCUGGGGCCCGAGGGUUAUGAGCUGCAGGUGUGUGUGAAGGACUACUGUUUUGCGCGUGAGGAUCGCACCGUGGGCACGGCGGUGCUGCAGCUGAAGGAUCUGGCAUCCCGGAGCAGCGCCGCCUGCUGGCUGCCAUUGGGGAAGCGCGUGCACAUGGACGAGACGGGGCUCACCGUCCUGCGCAUCCUCUCACAGAGGAACAACGAUGAGGUCGCCAAAGAGUUCGUCAAACUCAAGUCUGAACAGCGCUCGGCGGAGGAGGGAAGAGCAUGAGCACACACACACACACAUACUGACUGGAGGAGACACACACAUUAACUGGAGGAGAUACACAAACACACACACACACACACACACCUGUGCUUCAGUCAGACUGGGCUGGAAUAUUUUGCACUUUCUGCAUGUGAGUCUGGUGUCGUCUCCUCCGCACUUCAGCAUGAUGAAGAACACUGUGAUCACACACACACACACACACACACACCACUGUCUGCGUCUCCACGAGGCCAGUGUUUUCUGCUUCUCCAGGAUUUCUCAUCAAACACACUCUAGCCGGUUUGGGUUUGGGUUUUAAUGCUUCCAGAAGAUGAGUGACUCUAAAAGAGCCCUUUGGCGUCGAGGCUGACAGUAUUAUACGUGUGUAAUCUGUGUUUCUGUUCUCCACAGGCUGUGUCAUAUCUGUAGUGCGGCGUCUACUUCAAUAAUGCAGAAUUCUAGAGCAAUACACACUGACUGACACACACACACACACUGGAGUUCAGGACACCGUUCAGCUGGACAUCACACACUCCUGCAUCUACACAGGAAAUA